AUGUACUGUCGCCAGUUAAGCAACUUAAAUAACCAACCCCAUUUUGAACUUUCUUCAAACAAACAGAAUGGAUAUGCUGGACUUGAGAUGACCUCCAAGAUGGCAACCGUUCAAAAGAACAAGGAAGAAUUCACUCCAAGACAAGUCAAGGCUGCGAUGGAAGCGAGAAGUGCAAUGCACAUACUCAAUGCUCCAAGCACCAAAAGUCUGAAGUAUGCAAUCCGAUCUGGUCUCAUCAAGAACUGUCCUAUCACCAAGGAAGCGAUCAAUCAUGCCAAAGCAAUCUUUGGACCUGAUGCCUCUACAUUGAAAGGCAAGUCAACAAGACCAACUCCAAAGAAGACGUACAACGACUUCUUCAGUCCACCAGAGGAAUUAUAUCAGCACAAUCGAUCUAUUACCGUCUGUAUUGAUCACAUGGAGAUCAAGAAUGCUAAGUUUCUCACCUGCAUUGAUACCACUGUGCGUUAUCGCUCAUGUAUUCCCGUGCAGAACCUGAAGACUGACCCUGUAUUUGAAGCAUUGGAUAAGAUAUUCCGCCGCUAUAACAAGGCAGGCUUUCAAGUCAAGAUCAUCAAGUGUGAUUGGGUGUUCAUUCCUCUCAUGGAUGAUAUGCUAGACGAUAUGGGUGUUACUAUUGACCCGACUGCAGCUGGAGACCAUGAGCCUACCGCUGAGCGAAACAAUAGGACGCUGAAAGAAAGAGUCAGAGUAGCUCUUGCACAAUUACCCUACAAAGUGGUCCCAAAAGUGAUCACUGAAUGUCUUGGACGUCCAGCCGCCGAGCUAUUGAAUGUCUUUCCCCAGAAAGACAGUAUCUCAUCACAUUUCAGUCCGCAGCAACUCAUUGAUAAUGUCAAUAUCAACUACAAGAGUGGCAUGGUUGCUGAACUUGGACAAUAUGUUCAUGCAAUUGGGACGGAUUCCAACAAUUCGAUGGAACCCCAAAGUAUCGAAGCGAUUUGCAUUGAACCUAUAAAGGGACAAUGUACUGGGCACCAAGUGCUCAACCUCAAUACUAAGAAGAUGAUUUCCCGACCCAAGGUUGUUGUACUACCCGCUACCGACCAAGUAAUCCAGCGUGUUGAAGCUUAG